AUGGCCGACAUAUCAUUCGACUACUUUGAUCAUCCUCAGAACAGACAGCCUCUCGGCUUCUACGACCCUGCAGACUUCAGCGGUGAUUCGGCUCACUCUCCCGACUCACCACUCUCUCCCGUCUUCACCAACCCAUAUCAACUCCCCGUCUCCAACGACUGGGUAGGCUGGGACGACAAGGCUACGCUAUCACCUGAUCUUGACGCUCUCCCCAAGCAGGAGCCCUUUGAAGGCAUCAACCUCUCUGCCAUCCCCUCAAGAAACAGCAUGGAGCUCAGCCCCGCUAUCAACCCACACGACCUCUCGGGUACCAUCCCUGAUGCUGUACCUUUUGGCCGAGUCGGUCUCAAUGACAUCGACACUCAACCUCUGUUCCAAACUCCCAUUCCUUCCAUCUCUUCUCAACCUUCUCAUCUCCAGUCCAACAUGAUGCAAUCCACCAAUCCCUCUCAGAUGUCUUCCUCUCUUGGAAGUAUCACCUCCAAGGAUGCCAAUGGCCGAUAUCCUUCACGCAAGCGCAAGUCCUCGGGCUCUGGAAGCUCUUCAUCUCGAUCAUCUACCUCUCCUCCUCCUGCCACCCGCCGCCACUGUUCUCCUCCCAAGAAGACCGCGCACAACAUGAUCGAGAAGCGCUACCGUACCAACCUCAACGACAAGAUCGCCGCUCUUCGUGACUCCGUACCAGCCCUGCGUGUCAUGGUCCACCGCCUGGAACAACCUUGUGUCGAAGGCAUGGAAGAAGACGGCGACGAGGACCUCGGUGGACUCGCACCAGCCCACAAGCUCAACAAGGCCACCAUCCUCAGCAAGGCAACAGAGUACAUCGCGCACCUUGAGAAGAAGAACAAGAGCCUCGUUCAAGAGAACGGCCAGCUCCGAAAUCGCAUGGAAGGCUUUCAGAUGAUGGUCAUGUCUCGAGAUCAAGGACCCCCAGCAGGCGUCUGGGCAUAG